GGCAACAUCCGCCAAACGGGUUUGCUCUUCCUGCGCACGCAUCUCACGUUCAGAGGUUCAGACAGACAGACAUCAUGGCGGACGUGUUGGACCUUCAUGAAGCGGGAGGAGAGGACUUUCCUAUGGACGAGGAUGGUGAUGAGAGCAUCCAUAAGUUAAAGGAGAAGGCCAAGAGGAGGAAAGGACGAGGCUUCGGCUCAGAGGAAGGUGCCAGGUCCAGAAUCAAAGAGGACUAUGAUACUGUUGAACAGGACGGGGACGAGCCAGGCCCUCAGAGAUCUGUGGAGGGCUGGAUCCUUUUUGUGACAGGUGUACACGAAGAGGCCACAGAGGAAGACAUCCAUGACAAGUUUUCAGAGUUUGGAGAAAUCAAGAACCUGCAUCUCAACCUUGACCGCAGAACAGGCUACCUCAAGGGUUAUGCACUGGUGGAGUAUGAGACGUACAAAGAAGCCCAGGCAGCCAUGGAAGGGCUCAACGGUCAAGACCUGAUGGGCCAACCUAUUAGUGUCGACUGGGGAUUCGUCAGAGGCCCCCCUAAGAACAAGAGGAGGACUGGUGGACGGAGACGCAGCAGAAGUCCAGACAGGAGGCGGCGUUGAGUUUGACAGUUAUCAGUGGCCAGAGGAGUUGUCUGUCACUUCCGACGGACACUUUAAAUACCUGUCAUACCUCUCAUAAGAAUCUAAUUCCUGUUUAGUUUUUUUGUACACUAUUUGUGGAUCUAUUUGUGCUAUUCCUUAUCUCAGCUAUUAGGCAAGGAAUGUCUCUAAGAAGAAAGAAAACAAAUUGGUCUAACAGAGGCAUUCUCAGGUUUUUUGUAAGAUGUUUAUGCUGUUUUACAAUUCAACAGAAAGAUAUCAACACAGCACAGUCAGUUAUAGUUGUUUUUACUUCGAUCAGCCACUUGUAGCGCGUACAUUUUGAUGCUUUUCAUGAUUCCCUUCAUUGUUGUUUCAGUUUGCUCAAUGUAACGUACAUUUUAUUGUGCGGAAGUGUUUUGGUUUAUUACUUGGGUAAAUAUUAAACUUUUUUUAAAACUUAAA